AUGGCAAAGAGAUGCCUUGACGUUGUCAAAGACUUUAGGGCCGCAAAGGGUUCAAAAUUUGAUGCAGCCUACGUCAUCUCCUCCAUUGUCAAAGAAAGCUUACCACUGGGCUCAGGCAAAAAUCCCUCUACAGUUGCGGCUAUCUACCUCGCCAUGCUUGAUGAAUGGGAGUCAGAACAGAAUAGUGCCUACCACAGAGCAUCUGGAACUGCUGGAGAACAGCAAUCAAUUGAACCAGCAUGUAACAAAGGAGAAACUCAUCCAAAGGCUGUCAGAAGUCAACAAGCCAGCAUUGAUCCAGAAGAACCUGCUCAAAAGUGGGCUAAGCCCAAUUUCACCUGCCUUGACCUUAAAUCAACUGUCCACGAGAACCUGUUCAAGCCCUUAUCCACUAAUCUCAGACACACCAUUCGCAUCCUCCAGAAUUGGUUGAAGGACCAGAAACAAGCAAAACUCAAGCUUAUACAAAGUCUCAACCUCGAUGCUAUCCACACCAUCAUUACAACAUUGCAUGCUGUCAAAAAGUAUAUGGAAGUCAUCAGAGAUGCUGAGUUCACUGACAGCAUCUCAGAGAUGGCGACGAAGAAGAUCACCAAAUAA